UUAACGUUAUUCCUUUGCGAUUUAUGCAGCUUGUUUGACGAUAACUUCUUGUAGGUUACUCUUGCGAUUCAUUCCUUUGCGUUAAUAAAUUUACUGAUUAUUAUUUUUUAUUUGUUGGAAAAUGACAGCUAAUGUUGGAGAGCAGGGCUUCCUCGCACGUCUGCGUGCAGGAGCCAAGCGACUUAUCGAAGCUUUAUGCCCGUGUUUGAAGAAACCGAAAACAGAUGAAUAUGCACCAGAAGGCGACGUAGACGUUUCCUCACUGAUAACAACGUCAGAGGAAUCCAAUCUGAACCAGUGUGCUACCACAGAUAUAGAGGAUGCAAAUUCCGAGCAUUCUGAAUUAUCUGAUGAAACAUAUAUACGAUACCGUUCUGAUGAUUCUUCAGACGGUUGUGGCCCAGAAUGUUUUGAUGAUAUAUUUUCUGCAGCAGCGACUGUCCAUCGUCCUGGGAUGUUUGAAGGAGAAUAUACUAACGGUAAAUUAUAAUUAUUGAUUUAAAGCUUUUAAUUAACACACCACGUUAUAUU